AUGAACUAUUCAGCAAAUGAUCCCGAUGAUUUGGUACGAAAAAAAAUUGAUCUCAAUCAUAUUACAAAUAUGAGUUAUCAAAUGCAUGUACCUGAUUCAAUUACAGUUGGUCCUAGUCGAUCAUCUGUACCUCGUCUUCAUAUAGACGAUGAUCGAUUACCUGUUCGUAUGGAAGUACCAAAUAGUAUUCGACUUGGUAAUCAUUCCAAUACUGAAAUAUCUACUGGUACUGAUUUUUCAAAAACUAAUGAUCCUUAUCAUUCAUCAGGUUCAAUUACACAAGAAAAUGCAUCUCAUCCAUUAGAUGUUGAACCAUUAAGUGAUGAUGAUUAUACAACAAUUGAUAAACCUAAUUCUCAUCAACCAAUUAAAAUGACUGAUUCAUGGAAUCUUGUACCAUAUUCUGAACUUGAUGAUAAACAAAUAUUAAAUAAAUUUCAAUUACUUCAAAAUCGUAUAAAUAUUAUUGAACGAACAUUGGCAAGACGAGAUUUUCGUGAUCGAUUUGUUUAUACUUUAGUUAUUGGUUAUAUUCUUCUACAAGCUUUAUUUUCUGUUCGUCGUUCAAUACUUAAUUAA